AUGGCCACCCUCACCAUGACUUCCACUCCCGUGCGACAGCCCUUUGCCAGCCUGGAUGCCCCGCGGGUGCGCUCCUUGCUCAAGACCAAGAUGAACGUCCAGAACAAACAAAAUGGUGCUCUUUUGACCAAGCGUCAGCCACUGUCCGACAUUGACUCCGAGAACGUCGACCCCGUCACCCUGAACCACUCCUCGAAACGCAAGCGUGGUGCCGAUGAUGAGGACCACGAGCCUGUCAAGGGCCCUUCCAAGCCUCUCAAGGCUUCCCGCGUGGCGCUCACCACCGUCAAGUCAUCGCCUGCGCCGCUCAGAGAAACCCCCUCGACUCCUAAAUCCGCCCCCACUCUGAAGCCUGCCGGUCGCUCGCCGCAGCCCAAGCCCUGCAAGCCCUUCGCUCGUCGCUCGACCAUCGCCAAAUCCCGCGUCGAUCCGACCUCCAGGAAGUCUGUCAACCGCCCCUUCUCUAUCGCGACCGCCCUGUCCAAUGGCAAGCCUAAGAGCCAGCCCGCCAAAACCCCUGCUUCCUGGUCCUUCGAUAUCUAUGUGGACUCGGAGCAGGAGGAAAUGACCAACCUGAUGCAGCAUUCGACCGGGGUGUUGGAUAUCAGCGACGACGAAGGCAAGGUGGAGCCGUGCACCCGGGGGAAGGAGAACAUCCCUCCCGCGGAGCUGGGCCUCUCCCUGCCUCGCUCUCGUCAGCAAGAAUCCCCUGCUGCCGCGGCCCGGAAAUCGGUCAUGAUGGAAGAAUCCCGCGCCCCAUUGGGUGAGCUGAACACUGCCGACUACUACGGCGAGGACUGCCACGCCUUUUCCUACGCCAUCAUCUACGACGAGGAGUCCGCCGAGCCUGAGGACAAGAAGGCGGAUCCCGUGCCGCGAGCCUCAGGCAGCUCCCACUCCACCCGAAGCAAGCUUUCCAGCGUGUCUUCCAUUUCCUCCAUCCUAGAGGCGACGGCGCCCAAGAAGCCUGCCGCCGAGCCUACCGAGCACACCGACGCCGAGGUUGAGAUCUGGGAAAGCGGAAGUGCGGCGGAUGAAGCCGAGAAGGACUCCGACUCGACCGCUUAA